AGCAACAGCGGUAGCGGCAGUGGUAGAGUAGCUUGUGUUCGCGAGCAUAUUUGCAGCGCAGCAAAUGAUCACAUAAUCACCUCGUACCUAGUCGUUCACGCACUUUGUUUGUGGUUGGUCGCGCGUACAAAUCGUUCGCAGUGUCUCGCAUUGACGGGUGAAUUUACUUGGCUGCUGGUUUUUUGGUUUUAACUCGCAAAUAUACAAAAACGCGCUUUUUGACGUGUCUAAACGCCGUCGUGUUAACGUUGAACAAAUACGCGCGAUUAUCGGCGGUGGACUAAAGAUGUAAUUUUAUUUAUUUUGCUGUUUGUGAAAGGCUGAUAAAUAAAGGAAAUAAAAUUGUGUGAAAUUGGAAAAAUCUCAAAAUACCGAAAAAUUUACUAGUUUAAUUGGAAAUCUUUAAAUUGCGUGAUUUAGUUGACUAAAGUGUUUUUCGAAGGACGGAUUAAAGUAAAUAGAUUUCAGUAUCACUUAGAUGGGUUUUAUAAAACAGAAACAUAAAAAGGAAAUUAAUAUCAAAUACCAUUUUCCAUAAAUAAUAAUUCAUGAAUAUAAAUAAAAAUCUAACAGUGUUCAGCAAAUUAAAUUUUAUGUGUUAAGAAACUCAUUGAAAACUUUAAAAUAAAAAAUUUAAAAAUUAAAAACAUUUAUAAGUGAAUUUAAAUCACUUUAAGUGAUUUGGUGAGUAAAAACGUAAACUAACAGAAUACAGUUUCAAAAGAUUCUUAUGAAGAUUACACUAUAAUCCGAAGCUAUAAUUAAAUCAGUGCUAAUAAAACAACUUAAACAAAUAACAAAAGAUCUUAUACACCAUAUUUUGACACAAAUCCUAAUCUCUUUGUGGCCCCCUCAGUUCAUUCACCAAGUGCUUAACACCGCGUAAGAUCGUAAAUAGUAGUUUUGAUAGCAAAUUAAAAUUGAAAAACAAAAAAUUAAAAUUUGCCAAUCAGCAACAAUUAAAAAGCUCACGUGUGCGUACAAAUCCACGCUGCAAACGCGCUCCACCUCCUCCUCUCCCCGCAAAGCAGGCAACGAGUCAGUGCACCACCCACGCUAACAAUUAGCAAUACCAAAAACAAAGCACGCACACUUCUACACACACUAAUAUAUAAAUAUUUUAUAUGUAAACGGCUAAGAAACUUUCGUUGCGCGUAGCAUCCAUGAACGCCGUCGCCGUUGAAAAUCGGAAAAUCGCUAAUUGCAGUGCGGAAAGAAAAAUGACACAAAUUAUACGCUAAUUAAAAUUGUAGACGACAGUGCGAGUGUAGCUAGUGUUAAUAGUGGUAUUGUUGUUGUAAUUAAAAGAAAAAUAUACGCUGUUAAGCAAGUAUUUAAUACUGCAUUUACUAUACGACGUCAAGUGCGUGGCAAUUGUUUACAAUAAGAAAAACGAUUUUUGAAAAACACAAAAAUAAAAUAACAAUAACAGCAGUGACUAAGACAUAUAAAAAAAAAAACAAAAAAAUUAUUAAUACAACACAAUUUGAUUUUUGUGUUUUUAAGUGAAAAAAUUGAAAAAGAAAUCAUUAAUAAAUACAACAACAAAUUUAAGUAACAAAAACAACUAAUAUUUUGUUGUUGUUUACUUUCGUGUGCACGCGUCCCCCAAAAAAGCCGUCAAAAUUCUUGAUAAAGUGGCCUCGAUAGGCGCCAACACGCUUAACUUCACCGAUUUAGGGAGCCCCUAUGAGGGGCCUCCCAGCACACCACAAUCCGGCAUGGAUGCACCCGACGCACCGCACACACCCAAGUAUAUGGAUGGCGGUACAACAACAACGGGCACACCUGGCGCACAAAUACCGGGCAAAUCGGCAUUUGUCGAGUUGCAGCAGCAUGCCGCCGCUGGUUACGGUGGCAUAAGCAGGGGCUAUCAACAUUUUGGACCACAAGGUGGACAAGAUUCUGGUUUUCCAAGUCCACGCAGCGCCUUAGGUUACCCAUUCCCGCCUAUGCAUCAGAAUUCAUAUUCCGGCUAUCAUCUGGGCAGCUAUGCGCCGCCCUGUUCAAGUCCACCAAAGGAUGAUUUUUCCAUAUCCGAUAAAUGCGAAGAUUCCGGUUUACGCGUUAAUGGUAAAGGCAAGAAAAUGCGCAAACCGCGCACAAUAUACAGUUCAUUGCAAUUACAACAGUUAAAUCGACGAUUCCAGCGUACACAGUAUUUAGCGCUGCCAGAGCGAGCCGAAUUAGCGGCGAGUCUGGGCCUUACGCAAACACAGGUGAAAAUCUGGUUCCAGAAUCGACGUUCGAAGUACAAAAAAAUGAUGAAAGCUGCACAGGCACCUGGUACCGGCGGCGGUAUGCCAUUGGGUGGCGGUCCAAAUCCUGGUCAACAUAGUCCAAAUCAAAAUAUGCACAGUGUCUAUCUCAAAAUCAUUGCAGGCGGUAAUAACGGCGGUGGCUCCAAUAGCGGCUCACCAUCACAUUAUCUACCUCCCGGACAUAGUCCGACGCCAUCGAGUACGCCUGUGUCCGAAUUAUCACCUGAAUUCCCUCCAACGGGUCUUAGUCCGCCUACGCAAGCGCCAUGGGAUCAAAAGCCACAUUGGAUCGAUCAUAAACCACCGCAAAUGACGCCGCAGCCACCUCAUCCAGCGCCACCACAUCCGCAAACGCAUCAUCACAAUCCGCCACCGCAAAUGGGCAGCUAUGUACCGCCACAAUAUUGGUACCAGCCCGAGACGAAUCCGUCGUUAUUAACUGUUCCCUCUCAUACCAAUUACAGGGUCUGGCCAACGGUUUAACACCACCAUCACCACCACCAACUACAACAACAACAACAAUACAUACACCAAACCGAUCCUAUUUUCAUAGAUAAUUCCAAUGCGUAUAUUUAAUACAAAAUACAAAACAAAAAUGUUGUACACAAAGAAAAGGUAAUUUAAAAUUUUAACUAAUUGAAAAAAAAAAAAUUUAAUUAAUUUUAAAUAAAGUGUAAAAUAUUUACAACAGCUGUAAUUAAAUAUUAUAAUUAAUAAUUUCAAUACAUAAUUAUAUACAUAUAUAUAUAUAGUAGUUGCGUGUAAGUAAUUAAAAUAAGAAGCUAAGAUGAAUUUAAUUACAAUUACUUAUAAUUAUUAUAAAUAAAUUUUAAUUAUAAAUAUAUAUAAACAAAAAAAAAACACAAAUAAUUAAAAAAUAGUUGAAACUUUAACAGUUUAAAAAAUGUAGUAAACCCAAAUUAAGUGCUGAAAAUGUUGAUAAUAAUUAAUUAAAGUGUGUAAUUAAAAAAAAAAAAAUAAUAAUAAAUAAAUGUAGAAAACAUGAAAAAAAGAAUUAAAUGUUUUAUUUUGUUGUAUAUGGUUUAUGUAGAUAUUUUUUAUUUAAUUUUUUUUGUCAAACGCAAAAGAAAUUUUAUUAAAAACUAUAAAGAGUUCGCCGCUAAAAUAUAUGAAUAUAUAUAAAAAAAUACCACUAUAAAAAUCAGUUAAAAUCAGAUCUCAGUAAACUUAUAAUUUCGCUCCAGACACCACAUUCUUCAUUUAAAUAAAUCCGAAAAAAUAAUUUCAAAUAAUUAAAAAAAACUGUAAAAAAACUGUUUUUAUGUGCAAUAUUAUUUUUAAUGCAACACAUAAAAAAUUAAAAAAAUUCUUUAAAAAAUAAUUUGAUAAAAAAUUAAAAAAAUAAUUUGAAACAAAAAAUAAAAAAAAAUAAUUUGAAAAAAAAAAUUAAAAAAAUGGAAAAAAGUUUGAUUAAAAAAUUUAAAAAAAAUUUAAUUAAACAAUUUGAAAUAAUUCUAAAUAAAAAACUGAUUAAAUCGACAUUUUAUAGUUACCGUUGUUUUAGUAGAAGCGUAUAAACUUGUGUAUAAAAAACGUAAGUAAAAGCAAGCACGAAAAUUUUGAAUCCUAUUUUUUUAAUUGAAACUAAAAUUUCAGCGGAAAUAUGUAAAAUAUAAAAUAAAUUAAAUAACUGUAAAUUUUUGUAAAAAAAAGAAACUAAAAAUAUUUAAAAUAAUUCGAUAAUAAAUGUUAAAGCCUUUAGUUAACAAAAAAACUGUAAAUAUAAUUAAAAUAAUUGCAUUACUUACAUCUAGGUAAUUAAGGUAAUUUAGAUUACAUAAGUAAAGUGCGUUAAAUUAUUACUAAAUAAUUAUGUAAAAUUUUUCCCACUUUCCUGUAGACGAUAGGUUUAGCACACAAAACAUAAAAAAACAUUUUUUUUUUUUAAUUCACAAUAGCAGAACCUAACUACCUACUUAUUUAAAAUCAAAUAGUCGCUAUCAAUUACAAAUUUUCUCAAACAGACCAAAAAGCUAAAUAAAGUCAAGUUUUUCAAAAAAAAAAUACAAAUAAUUAAAAAAAAAAAUAUUUUGAGUUAUUCCCUUUUAGCAAAAAAAACUGUGAAUCCACAAACAAAACUAGUACACCCUUUUUUAUUUGAAAACCACUUUUUCAACAGCAUUUAGCGCUUAGUCAGGCAAGUAAAUAAUUAAGCAUAAAAAUAAAUAAGUUCAACAUUUUCGAAAAAUGUUAUAAAAUGUGUGCGAGCAUACCUACAUAUAUAUUAAUGUAAAAUUUUUGUUGUUGUAUGUAAGUCAUAAAAACUUUUAAAUAGAUCUAAAAAUAAUAUAUAUAUAUAUACAUUUCGAAACGCUAAACUUAGUAAUUCUGUAAUUGAAUUUAGUACUAAAUUAUAUAAAUA